AUGAAUGACAUUAAAGACAUGAACAAAGAAGCAUAUGAUUGGUUGAGUAAAAAUCCUCCCAACAUGUGGGCUAGACAUGCAUUCGAUUUCAGAUGCAAGAGUGACCAUAUAACAAAUAAUAUGAGUGAAUCAUUUAACCAGUGGAUUAACCCUGUUAGGAACAAGCCCAUUCUGAUUGUAAUUAAUGAGAUAAGGAAACAAUUGAUGUCAACAAUGUAUAAAAGGUAUGAAUUGGAUUGCACCUUUAAGGGAAUAGUCACACUAAAAAUCAAGAAAAAGUUGAAUUUGCUCAGUGAAGAAUUUAGAGGGUGUAUUCUCCAUCCUACUGGAUUAGAUGAGUAUAAAGUCUCAGAUAGGGGUGGCAGUCAUGAGGUUAAUUUGAAAAACCACACUUGUGGUUGUAGAGUGUGGGAAAGUACAGGAAUAACUUGUAAGCAUGCAACCUGUUGUAUUCUUUACAAGAGGCACACAUUGGAAAGCUAUUGUGAUGAUUACUAUAGUGUAAAAAGAUACUUGGAGGCUUACAAGGAUAUAAUCCACCCAUUACCUGGUUUGGAGCAGUUAAAAGCUGAGCAUCACCUGGGUACUGUUCAGCCUCCACCCUUGAAGAGGUUACCAGGAAUACCACAUAUCAAUAGGAGGAAGGAACCUGAUGAAGGAGCAUUUAGAGAGUUUAGAAAAAGAUUUGGAAGUGUCAGAUGUAGGAGGUAG